GCCCUCGCCUGGUUCAGGUGGCGGGCGCGCGCGCUGGAGGCGCGAGGAGCGGGCGGCGCGAUGACGCGACGCGUCGGGCCCGCCUCCUCGCCUGUGUGUGGAGCGAUCGGCCAGCGAGCGGCAGGUCCCGGGCUGUCUGCCUCUGUCCCUGCCCCUCUCCUUCUCCCCCCCCCUGUCCCUGUGUACUGGUCGGCCCGGCGGGGGGGUCAUUCAUGUUUAUUUUCUUCUUUCUCUCUCUCCCUCCCGCGUUCUUCUCAUGCGUCUUAUUUUGCUCCCGUCGGUGAUAUAAUUUUCCAUCCUCGCCCCGCGUACGGUUUCCAGCUGCCUCCAUCCCGGCCAAACCGAUCAUGUAUUCAGCAGCCGAGCCCGAUCCAUCUUCCUCAACACCACCAGUGCAGACACUGACAACUUUCAAACCUCCUGUUAGACCUGAUUUUGGCACUAUGGGUCGACCAAUCAAGCUUCAGGCCAACUUCUUUGAGGUGGACAUUCCAAAAAUUGAAAUCUAUCAUUAUGAUAUAGAUAUAAAACCAGACAAAUGCCCAAGAAGAGUAAACAGGGAAAUUGUUGAACACAUGGUUCAACAUUUUAAAAAUCAGAUCUUUGGUGAUAGAAAACCAGUGUUUGAUGGAAGAAAGAACCUCUACACUGCUAUGCCUCUUCCUAUCGGGAGAGACAGGGUGGAGCUAGAGGUGACUUUACCAGGAGAAGGAAAAGAUAGAAUUUUUAAGGUGGUGAUAAAAUGGGUGGCAUGUGUCAGCCUCCAAGCCUUGCAUGAUGCACUUUCAGGUCGACUCCCAGCAAUUCCUUUUGAAUCUAUUCAAGCACUGGAUGUGGUGAUGAGACAUCUACCAUCCAUGAGGUACACUCCUGUAGGCCGUUCAUUCUUCACACCAUCAGAGGGAUGCUCCAAUCCAUUGGGUGGGGGCAGGGAAGUCUGGUUUGGAUUUCAUCAGUCAGUCAGGCCUUCAUUAUGGAAAAUGAUGCUUAAUAUUGAUGUAUCUGCUACAGCAUUUUACAAGGCUCAGCCAGUGAUUGAGUUCAUGUGCGAAGUUUUGGAUUUUAAAAAUAUUGAAGAACAGCAGAAGCCAUUAACUGACUCCCAGAGAGUAAAAUUCACCAAGGAAAUAAAAGGACUUAAGGUGGAGAUAACUCAUUGCGGACAAAUGAAGAGAAAGUAUCGAGUAUGCAAUGUUACUAGAAGACCAGCAAGCCAUCAAACAUUCCCACUUCAGCAGGAGAACGGGCAGACUGUUGAAUGCACAGUAGCACAAUAUUUCAAGGAUAAGCACAAACUAAAUCUUCGCUAUCCUCAUUUACCAUGUCUACAAGUUGGACAGGAGCAAAAGCACACCUAUCUUCCCCUUGAGGUGUGUAAUAUUGUAGCUGGACAGAGAUGUAUAAAAAAGCUGACAGACAAUCAAACCUCAACUAUGAUUAGAGCCACUGCCAGAUCUGCACCAGACAGACAGGAUGAGAUCAGUAAACUGAUGAAAAGUGCUAGUUUUAAUGCUGACCCCUAUGUUCGGGAAUUUGGAAUAGGAGUGAGAGAUGACAUGACAGAUGUUCCAGGUCGUGUUCUUCAGGCACCUUCCUUGUUGUAUGGUGGUCGGAACAAGACUAUUGCUACUCCCAUUCAAGGUGUAUGGGAUAUGCGAGGUAAACAGUUUCAUACAGGCAUUGAAGUCAAAGUGUGGGCCAUUGCCUGUUUUGCUCCACAGAGGCAGUGCAGAGAAGAUACACUCAAAGCAUUCACGGAUCAAUUAAGGAAGAUAUCCAGAGAUGCUGGCAUGCCGAUACAAGGUCAACCUUGUUUUUGUAAAUAUGCACAAGGUGCAGACAGUGUAGAGCCAAUGUUCAGGCAUCUGAAGAAUACCUAUGCAGGACUUCAGCUGGUGGUGGUGGUGCUUCCUGGGAAAACUCCAGUCUAUGCGGAGGUUAAGCGUGUGGGCGAUACGUUACUCGGCAUGGCAACUCAGUGUGUACAGGUGAAAAAUGUGCUGAAAACCUCUCCACAAACACUUUCCAACCUUUGCCUGAAGAUCAAUGUAAAGCUGGGAGGUGUCAAUAACAUCUUGGUGCCACAAGGAAGGCCAGCAGUGUUUCAGCAGCCAGUAAUAUUUUUGGGUGCAGAUGUAACACAUCCACCAGCUGGUGAUGGGAAGAAGCCUUCUAUUGCUGCGGUGGUGGGUAGUAUGGAUGCUCAUCCAAGUCGCUAUUGUGCCACAGUUCGUGUUCAACAACAUCGACAGGAGAUUAUACAGGACCUUGCUAUCAUGGUCAGAGAACUCCUCAUCCAGUUUUACAAAUCUACCCGUUUUAAGCCUACACGUAUUAUAUUUUAUAGAGAUGGUGUUUCAGAAGGACAGUUUCAACAGGUGCUCCAUCAUGAGUUGCUGGCCAUUCGUGAGGCAUGUAUAAAGCUGGAAAAGGACUACCAGCCUGGCAUUACUUUCAUUGUGGUUCAGAAACGACAUCACACCAGACUGUUCUGUACUGACAAGAAUGAAAGGGUUGGUAAAAGUGGCAAUAUCCCAGCAGGCACAACAGUGGACACAAAGAUAACACAUCCUUCAGAAUUUGACUUUUACCUGUGCAGCCAUGCUGGUAUUCAGGGAACAAGCCGACCAUCUCACUACCAUGUACUAUGGGAUGAUAAUCGUUUCAAUGCAGAUGAACUUCAAAUUCUUACAUAUCAACUUUGCCACACAUACGUGCGAUGCACACGGUCAGUUUCUAUCCCAGCACCAGCCUAUUAUGCUCAUUUGGUGGCUUUUCGUGCCAGGUAUCAUUUGGUGGACAAGGAACAUGACAGUGCUGAAGGAAGUCAUACAUCUGGUCAGAGUAAUGGUAGAGAUCAGCAAGCUCUAGCUAAAGCUGUGCAGGUUCACCAGGACACACUGCGCACUAUGUAUUUUGCUUGACAGGUGUCCUCAGUUGGAAUUUCUGAACAGAGCUGGGCUAAGACAAGACUGGCUGCAUUUUACCGGCAAUGUAGUGAAGAAUGAGUUGUUAGAUAUGUUGCUGUGUACACUGCCAUACUCUUUCAGCCGCCUUCGAUUAUGGGGUUCAGUGUUACACAGUAAUGUGUAAAUCACGCCACCUGUAAUGUUUUCCUUGAAGAGCAAAAGCAUGAAUAUUUGGAGGUCUGUGGUAAUCAUAUCAAUACAUAUCUCCACUAAUGCAAGUUAAAUAUAUGCAGCCUAAUUCUGCAUUAGGCUUGAACCUGGUAGAAAGCUUUUCAAAAGAGGUGUUUGUGAAUGCAUCAAAGUAUGCAUUAGCAACUGCAUAUUUGAUUGAGGUUUGUUUAGGAUGGCAAAGUUAUGGAAGAGUUUAGAGGUUGGUGUGACUCUCUAAAGAAAUAGUAUCCCAUUUGUUGGCUUCAAAUGGCAGAAUUUUGAGUUUCAAAAUUGAACGUUAAUGGCAUUCCUUUUAUUAGAUCUGGAGUUUUAUCCAGUCAAUUCAGAUAAGACUACUGUAAUACAGUACUGUGAAAUAUGGUAAUCUUAAGUCAGAAUGGGGGAAAAAGGUCUUUUAACACUGAAAAUAAAUUUAUGAACAGCAAGUUUUUUCAUUUUUGGGCAGGCAGUAUAUUGUGUAGGUAUGACUUUCUCAGCAGAUUGCCACCAGAAGGCAUGCAGUCUUUUUAAGGUGUGUUCAGUAGAAAAUAUUGUGUAUUUGAAGCAAUUAAUCUUUGGAGACAAUCUAUAAAACAUUAACUAGACCAGAUGGGCACUAUUUUAUAUAUUGAGCUAAAGUCUCUUGAUAUUUUUGUAAGAUGCUGCAAUUGAUUAGUUCUCAACUCUUGAUACAAUAAUGCUUAUGAUACAAAUCGAGUAUUUUUAUGCUAUGGUUGGUUUGCCACUACUGUGGCCUGCUGCCAAAUUGGAUGUAGGGAUUGUCAUGCCAAUUACUUCACCUAUUUCAGUUCAAUAAUUACAGGGCAUAUGAGAACUAUCAAAAAUGUAAACUUUGAGAAUGAAGUAAAUUUCUGAACUACCUCGUGGUUGCCCUUGUGUCAGCAAAAACAGAAUGUGCACACACCACAGUCAUGUUAGAAAAGCAGUUCAAAGAUGGUGCUAGGUUUUUGCUAAGAGGCAAGAUUUCUUUUAAUGGUAGUCACCGAAUUUAAGCAAACUGAUUCAUGGAUAAACUUCGUCAUAGAUUGAAGCCGAACAUUUCUGUUUGAUGUAUAUGUUAUCUUUUUGAUGGCCUAUAUGCACUUGUAAAGUGACUAAAAACUUCUUUUAACAUACCUCAACUCUUCAGCAAAUCUUUAAAUCUCAAAGAAAACGUGACCAGCAUAAAGUUCAGUGUUAGCAACCUAUUUAUAUGGCCAUAAAUGAAAACUAUAUUGCACAUAGAUCUCAUCUGGGCAAAAUAUUUUGCUUUUGAAGUUAUGUAACAAGUGUAGAUAGAGGCAACUGUGUUGUAGAAGAGUUUUAUUAAACUGUUUUCAUAUUUCUAUAUCUGACUAUGGUACUCUGUACAGAUGUGACAAGGCUGCAACUCAUUUCAAAAAAUGGGAAUAUUUUUGCCAAGCAUUUUGAGGUUAAGAAUUUAAAUUUCAUUAGUGAAAUAUGUAUCUGGGUGGACUGAUAAAAUGUGCUUAGUUCCAACAUAUUUGUAACUUUUCGCCAAACCUAGCAAUUCUUGUAAUUCUGAAAAGAUGAGAGAUGAUAAAGUGACCCACUAAAUGUUAUGCUUUUAGUUUUAAUAGUAAGGCUGGAGAGUAAUUAUGAAAAAUCUGAACACAUGCAGGGUUAUGUUUGUGAUAUUUCCUUAGUUCCGACACUAAAGCAUUCAACUUCUAACUUGGGAGACCCAAGUUCAAGCCUGAGUUCUGACUGACAUUUCCAUUUAGAUUUCCUGUAUUAUGCAGGUUUUGACAUUUUGAGAGGGUAAGUUUGCUGGGAGUGGAAACCUUCCAGAAAGAUCAAAUAUAUUCAUCUGGUGUGUUAGUCGCAGAAGAGGUAAUUAAAAUUUAUCAGUGUAUUUUCAAAUGUAUGGGGUAUAUAAUCUAGAAAUUAAGAUAUUAAAAUGUGACUGUGUAAUGAGUAGCAACAUCAUAGUGAAUACUCAGGGCUUUAAAGAACACUACAUUUUUUACAAUAGAAAUAGACUAUUUCAAAAUUAAGGCAGAUGAGUAUUGGUCAAGCUAAAUUGUAGAAAUGAAGCAUUUCACUGGAAUUCGAGCAGGCAGAAAUUAAUACAUUUUAGAAUGAUCAUUUUAACAUAUAGCAACAUGAUAAACAUUUUAUAUUCAUUUUACUUUAAGGAUAUAGUUUAACUCAGACUUGAGGCCCUCAGCAGUUCUUACCAAAGGUUUAUCUUAGUUAUUUGAACUGCUUGGGUUAUUGAUAAUUGAGCCACCACAAAGAAAGGUAAAGUUUGAAGGAAUCUGCAAUAACAACAAGGUUCCAUUAUAGUUAGAACUGCAUCAUUACAUUCAGUGCUGUUUUCUUUUAGGGCAUGUGACAUAGCACUUACUGAAAUUGGCUACUUCUGGAUCAAACUCAGAUGUUUUUAAGUAAUACACAUUCAAAAAAAUUGGCAAACAAAUGUGUACAGCUUUAGAGAUUAUGGAAAAUAUAUUGCCAUAGUGUUUUUCCUAUUCUUGCAUUAGCCAUUGACUAUGAUGGGCUAUUGUUUUGGAACUGGACAAUCCCGAGAUCUCUAACUCUGUUCCUGUUUCCAGGGCAGAUUUUAGUUAUUAAAGUGUCCUUAGCUGUUAAGCAAUCUCUAACCAGCACUAUUGAAAAGUUUACAUCUUGCUUCAAAGUUAUGGGUGCUACUGUGAACUGGCCCCUGCAUUCUGUUUGUGCACUGCAUACUGACAGUGAUAUUGAUAGUAAAUCAGAGAAAACAGCGAGUGCUGCGAUCUGUGCAAACAGCAGCUCUUUGUGAGAAUUUAUUGCAGUCACUGCCAUUUGAGAAACAAUUGAUGCUGCAAUUGGGUGAUUUAAUCUGCCUUUUAAAUUACUGCCAUUGGUGGCCAACAUUAAUUUUGGGAUAGUUAUUCUAAUCUAUAAAAUUGUAGAUAAGCAGCUAGAUUGUAAAAUUUAGAAUUUUAAGCAUGUAGCAGAAUUCAACAUGAGAUUGAAUGAUGAUUAGCAUUUUCUAUUGUAAAUGUCAUUGUGUGUAAUUAAAAUAUUAGUGCUUAUAAUUUUGUAACCUUCAAUGUAAACAACUCGUGUAAACUUAAAGGACAACAAGUUUGUUUUUAGCUGAGACUUGCUUAAAUUGUUUUGCCACAUCUUUGCAGUGGCAUUUAAAAAUCAUAUUGACCUGAGGUGUAUAAAAUGGGUUUCUGAAAAUUAAGUUGCAGUCUUUGUAAGCAUUAUAUACUGUUUCCCUUUUUGAGAGUCCUUGUAUUAAAGACAAUACCUAGCCUAUGUGGCCUUUCUACAUGUAAAAAAAAAUCAGAUUGCAUAAACCCUGGCCAGAUAUGUAUGUUUAAACCAUUUUUUAAAAAUUGCAAUUCUAAUUUAAUGGCUCCACUGCAUGGCAUAAAUACAACUUGCAACACAGAUCAAGCAAUGUGUAAUACACAAUAGUGCACUUUCUACGAGCCUUUACAUUGGUCAGUGGUGCUAAAAAUAAGCUGGGUCUUGUAUAUUUUGAAUUUUUUUUUUCAUUUUUAUCUACCAAAAGAACACGUGCUAAUAUCUUAAAAGAAGUUGCAUAAUGAUGGAAGCCAAGUUGAUGUACCCUUCCUCUACAUAAAAUUUAAGUUACUUUAUAACCAAAACACAGUGAUCACUGACAUUAUCCAAAGGGAUUAGAAAUUUGAGCCUAUUAUUUAAAUCCACAUUUUUUUUGUAAUUUUGGAGAUUAUAGUCCUUGGGUUAGUUAAUAUUGACCUAAAGAUUUUAUCUAGAAUUAUUUUUGCAUUUUAACAGCUACAACUCUAAGUGGUGAAAUAAUUGAUAGCAGUUAAAUUGUUUUUAUAGCCAUUUGACUUGCCUAGGCUUCAUGAAUUUGAUCCAGUAUUGUAUUUGAUGCUUCAGUGAAGAAUUAUUCAACUUUAUAUUAAUAUAAACAAAUGUAUCAUCCAUGCAAAAAUAAUCUCCAUUAAUAAAUUGGGCUCCACUUAAAGCAUACAGUGGUUUGGAGAGGGAAUGAUAAGAAAUUAUUCACUAAAUGUAGGGCGAUGCAGGAAGCCUAUUGAUUGGAUCUCGGGACAAACCUGAUAGUCCCAAGGCUAAACUGUGCAAAAUGUAUAGAUCUUUGUAUUAAUAAUUAUAACAUACCAUAGUAGGACUAUCAUUUGACAUUGCUGCCAUUUGUGUUUAGAUGGAUAAUUUUAUUGUAUUUCUCCCCACCCCCGCAAAAUUGCCAUUUGAGUAAGUUAGUGGUCUUGCAGAAAGGUCCAGAUCUUGUGCUUUCUGCUCUGUUCAGACUGUGGUGCUGCCAAUUAUUUUCAUUUGUUGACUUUAAUAUUGAUUUAUUGACCCAUUAUUUCCAUCUUAAAGCUUUGAUCGUACAUUGAUGCAAGACAGAUCGGAUUGUAGUCGCAGAGCUGUCACCUGAAACCUGGUUCUUAGAAAAUAUCAGAUGUUAUUUUUUAAAAAAAAGAGCAGCCAAACUGUAUUAAGCAGCUUAUAAUGUGUCAUUGAGCAUUAAAAAGAAAAAAGAAACUAAUGCAACAAGCAUAUCUUCCAUCAAGCUGUCACGCAAAAUGAAAAAGGUGCUUUGGAAAUAACUGAAUUUUAGAAAUAAUCUGGUGUGUCAACUGUCUUCUGUUUGCCUCUGAUCAGAAUAAACCUCAAAAUAUUAAAGAUUGGAAAACAAACUGUAAGGCCACCUAAGGAAGUGAUGAUAUUUCACAGACUGUUCCAUUUGCUUCAAAUAUCACUUCAAGAAUUGAAGUUAUAAUUAUUCAUUUUUUUAGAUUUAUUUCUUGUGGGAGGUAAUAGAAAGUGAAUUGGUGCCAAGAUGGCUGUACAACAUUUUGUGUGCUUUGACUGACCAUCCUUUUAUUUAUUUGGCCUGUAUUUCUAUAGAAAUGUGAAUCAAUUCUGUAUUUAAUAUUUGGUAAAUGGCUUUAAUAUUAGUUUAUUUCAACACUGCACAAGAAGGGAACAAAAGAAAACUUGUAUUUUUUAUCCACGUUAAGGUCACUUUGACCUAUUCCUUUUGCUCCAAGACCAGAGAAGCCUUUUCCAGCCAAAUGUUUUCAUGCCAUGCGGAGAUAUUAUUCAUAUUUUGGAGAAAAAGGCAUAGGAUCUGGCAGCUUAGUAAAACCUGACCUUUGCUUCCACUUUUCUUUGUUCUUCUUCACCACCCUUCUUUUCCCACUGUCAAAAAGAAAUCUGGACCUACCUCAAUAUAUUACUCUGCUGCAUCCAUAAUUAUGAAAUGAUACAUUUCCCUGGUUCAAACUAUGAUAAACCAAAAUGAAUAACUUCUAGUUUUUAAAACUAAUUUUGAUUUGAUACAAAGUUAGGCAGUUCUUUUUCCCCUCAAGUUUAUUAAUAGUGCUUUAUUUUGUUCUUUGUGCCUUGUGUAAUCAUCCCAUUGCAUGUCAAAAUCUGCUGAAGGGUUAAAUAGCAGCGUAUGACUGUUGUACAUAAACUGCUUAAAUGAACAAAAUACGUUGAAAACUUAAUAUAUUUUGAGAAAUUGUCAAACAUCGUUAUUUAUGCUGCAUUGAAUGAUCAGUAUUGUUGCACUUUCUCAGCAGUCACUUAUGCCAUAUGACGGCUGUUAACAAAAUACUGCGGAUAAACGAGGUGAUCCUGGACAAUGAUUUUAGAGGAAAAGAAUGCUACUUGUAAAUCCUUAAGGCAAAAGAGGAUUUAAAAUAUUUUCAAGUACCUCAAAAAGCCUGACAUAUGCUGCAUUGAUAAAGUUUUGAGUAUUCUUUGUUUUGCUGUUAUAUUUGAAUUGCACAAACUCAUGUACCUUCUGUAACUACUGCAAUUUAAGGUGUUGGCUUAUUUCUUCUUUAGGGCACUGGUAGAAUUGGGCACAAAGUGGACUUCCAAUAAUUUUUUUCUUCAUGCUUUUGUUUUAGGAUAGGAUAGCUUGGAUCCUAAUUGAAAAUUGUUUUCUAGAUCUUUAAACCAGCACAAAUAAGGUUUGUUACUUAACUGAGUGUUUGUGGUCCAUUUGCGCCUGAAUGAGCAGUUUACACUCCUGUGGCAAUGAAGAUUUGCAUUGCUUGCAGUUUGUUUUACUAAUGUUAUGUAAAUACUUACUGUAGGUUAAAAUUGUCCAUUCCUUUUUGGUCAAUAUUUUUUAAUGAGCUUAAUAACUAUGCUGUAAACUGUUGACAGGAUAUGAUGUACAAGUAUCACUAUAUGAAUUUGUGAAUAUAAGAUAUCAAUUUUUGACUAGCAGUAUGGUAUGAACAUUUUAAUAAAUAAACUUCUGUAUCUUUAA